CCAAACUUUUGACAUUCAGUUUUGAGUGUUUGCGUCUGUGCUGUCAUGGUUUACAUCACUGUCUUCCCUCAGGUUCUGAAUUAGUAGUGUCUCCUGGCGGUGGUCAAAAUGACUGGGAUCCUAAAUCUGGCCUGUUUGUGGACUCUGUUCAUCACACAAACUGGUUUUGUACGCAGUGACAUUCAGUUCUUGGAGAGGCAUGAGGGCGAGUCUGUGGUUCUACCCUGUGUGGUUGAGCAGACGAACCCCUCGCCCUUUGGUGUUCACCUGAAGCGCAGCUGGCUGCAAACAGGCAAGGUGUUGUACGUGCACACUGGGGAUGAACCCUCUAUGUUCAACAAUGGCGACAAAGACCGCAUCAGUGUCAGUGGAGACCCGGGCAGCUACUCUCUGAAUGCCACCAUCUCUCAGCUGAGAGUCAGUGACACAGACCGCUACCACUGUGAGUUUUACGUGAACAGAGUCUCUGCUGAAGAUGAACAGAUACGUGGGAAGACUGAAUUCUUCCUCCUCGUUACUGCCGAUACCCCCGGGUCGUUGGACAUAGGGUUGGUAGAGACUUGUGCUGGGGGCUCAGCCGUGCUCACCUGUGUCCCCCCGAGUGGGGACGGCUUUGCCUUGGAGGGGGUGAGUCUGAAGCGGAAGAGGGGCCAGGCUCCUGUGGAGAUGUUGUACCACUCAAAGCAUCACCACGGCAUCAGCCCUCCUUCCUCCUCCCCCUCCCAGUUCUCUGCUGAGAGGGUCCAGCUGUCGUCGCUACCCAGCCCUGGCGGCAUCACCUACAGCCUCACCCUGCAGCAGCUGCAGCCGGACGACAGCGCCCUGUACAGCUGCCAGCUGCUCGUGCCUGGCAGGCCCGACACCAUGACCAGUCUAGGGAGACGAGUGUUCUUUGUCUCUGUGCAAGACGGUCAGUGCGGCUGCUCCAGCUACUCCACCCUGCUGUACGCCCUUUCCUCAGCUGUAGCCAUUCUCCUCCUCCUCAUCCUCAUCGGAUUUGUGGUGAUGUAUAAAGGCAAAGCACGCCGCAGAGUUGAGUCACAUCCUCAGGUUCCUAUUUACGAGGAGAUGGCCGGUGUGCAGCCUCUCGGCCGAAAACUGGGCCCUCGCCAUCGGGAGGAAAUGGAGACUUCCGAGUACACAAACUGCAUUGUGAAGAAAUCCUGUCCUGAAAACCAUUAUGAAAGCCCGAGUGGGGCCCUCUAUCCAAGUACUUAAGACUCAGAAACGAACUAUUAGAUCAUCUCACCAGCAUCAUGAACGAGACCAGCCUACCAACUCACCUGUCUGUGACACACCGGACUCCAGUUAUCAAUCUAAAAUUCCUUCAACAGACUUUAACAGCUAAGAUUUCACCUCAUGUAUAUUGACUGACUGCUAUUUCGAAAGAAUGUUUGUAUUUUGGCGUUUCCUUAGGAACCUUUAUAAAUGUUGGCUAACAAUGGGGUGGGCAAUAUGGAUAAGAUAUGAGCUCUGAAUUUUAUAGCAAAAUGUCAGUAUAUAUGGUAUUGUUAUAGAAAUUGUUAGUGGAACAUAGGCAGACAUUAAUAUCUGUUUUGGUGUUUUUAGGCAAAUUAAAGGUGCCUUGCAGAGUCUUGUAAGAAAAAAUUGUAGUUUUUUUUUUUGGAACAAUUUGAAACCUACAUUGUGAGCCAGCAGUUGUCUUCUUCACUGUCUUUCUUGACACAUUUCUCUACAUGUUAUUGCCACCACCAACUGUAAAUCAGUGGGACAGUGUUAAGGUCGGGCUGCACUUCGAAAAAAGUAGUUGCUUACGCUGUUUUGUCUCAACAUGUCGGAAAGCAAAUGUCGUCUUAGGUAGCGUGAAAAAAAACAGAUUGUCACUGAAGGGUAGAAAGAGGCAAAAUAGUUUUAAUAUGGGGAUGAUGGUGCACAUGCUCAGAUGGUCUCUCCUGGAGGACGUUCAUAAUGUUGAACUUGGUUGGGCUAGUUUAGCAGUGCCUUAAAAAAAUCGUCACCAUGUCACUUGCUUAUAUGCACUGCACCACCAUGCCAUCAGUGUUACUGAAGGGAUAAGAAAUUUGUCAUCACACAGUAUAGACUGCCAUAUUGCCCAUCCCUAACAUGCUUAUUAAUUUUUACUGCUCUUCUACACUUUCAAUCUGUAUGCACGGAAAUAAUAAAGUUACUUUGAAGUCA